AUGGGUAGUCUGCAAUCGGCUCUACUGGGCUAUGGGGUCUUCCAGGUCGCCCAGAGAGUGGGUGUGUGGGGAUUCUCCGAGCCCAUGUCAGUACAAGAGAAUGUGAUCAUAACCACCACAGCGGUGGCUACAGCGACAAUCCCAUUGGCGGCCGGCUUUAUCG